UCUCGUUCUUUUUUCACUGACUUGAAGUGAGAGCAUCAAUUCUACACUUUACAUACAUAUAUACACAAAAGAGUGCACACAAUAUUACCAAAACACAGAUUUAAACAACGUCAAAAUAUUUCUGUGUUCUGAAAGGAUAAACUCAGAAGAUAAAAUGCCAACAUACAAGCUAACUUACUUUGACAUUAGAGGUCUCGCUGAGCCAAUAAGAUGGAUGUUUCAAAUUUCUGGACAAACUUUUGAAGAUGAGAGAAUUCCUCUAGAUGAAUGGAGUGAACAGAAAAAAAGAUUUUCCAAGCAUGUCGGACAACUUCCUAUCUUGUGCAUAGACGACAUAGUUUUAACUCAAGUGCACGCAUGCAUGCGUUACAUUGCCAGAAGAUUUGGAUAUAAUGGAACCUCUGAAAUUGAGGCUGCUCGUGCUGAUGAAGCGACCGAAUUAAUUUAUGACUUGAGACUCUGUUGUGUUGCAUACAAGGACUCUUUUCAGUCAAAUACUCCGGAUGUUGUCCGCCAUACGGUUUUCCGAGACUUUGCCAAUGAGAAAAGUAUCGCGAAGAAGGCACUGAUGAGGAAAGACUUGCUUGAAAUCCACUUUCCAAAGUACUUUACAAAGUUCGCAGAGCUUUUGGAGUGUGCUGGAGGAGAAUGGAUUGCAGGGAGCACUCUGACUUAUGCAGACCUUGCCCUAGCCAAUUUUUUUUCCGUCGCGGAGGAGAUGGUCAACCCCGAUUGUCUCAGAGACUUUCCGACAUUGAAGAAAUUGAAGGACGACGUGUUUGACAUACCUCAAAUUCAAGAAUGGAUGGUCAUUACGAAAGGCAUAGCAGUGAAAGCAUACGGAAGUGGUGGAUAAACGACGUGAAGUUGGUCAUUCAACUUCAACUGUUUUUGUAGAAUGCAUGUCUAUCGUGAAAGAUAGGAUUCGGUUACGUAGUAAAACAUUUAGUUACUCUCAACGUGAGAAAGCGUUAGUUCUGGUUCUGCCACAAUAUUGUUGCAAUCUUUUUAAGCGUACGUAAUUCAAUCAAACGUCUUCCAUUCCAUGAUAAAGAAAUAUGUACAUAAGUCGGUCGUAGUGUUGUCUGCUAUGAAAUACGAGUUGACUCUGUACCUUAUCUGAUUCAAUAAAUGUCUAUUUACCAAA